CGACGGCGACGGUGGUACAUUAUCAACCAUCAUUCAUCCGUCAGCCAGCCCUAUCUACGGCUAGGUAACACACUUAUCGAAGGGCUUAUCGUGUUCAAACGGCAGAAGAAGAGCGUCUGCCCGUUGUGUGUGUGUGUGUAUUGUGCCCUAUUCUAAUGGUUGCAUCGAGCUCGACCCAUCAGGUACCGGUGCAGCAAAUUUUACCUACACACACGGCGUACGAUGUCCAGCUUGUUGCUUGUCAAAUUAAAGUAGCGAGAGGAACGUUCAUACCCUGGACAAAAUCAACCGAGAACGGACGAGAAAAGCCGGUCUGUAUUGUUGAGGUUUUUAUGGCGAGUAAUAAAAUUUCGCCAUCAGUAGGAUCAUCGAACAGCGGGACAUAAACGCAAGCAAUAUAGUAGAAUUUACAUCGCGGCCUCACCUUGUUGCGUUUGGUACGCGUUAAAGGAUAAGAAGUAGCGAAGGAGAAGAUUUUUCGACCCGUGCAACAUCGACGUGCUCCUCGAGGGAGCCGUCGAAGGACCGAACCGAUCAGAUCAUGCGCAAACCUGCCACGAGGAUGUCACGCCUGGUGACGACGCUGGCAGCCGCCCUGUCGGUGCUGGCAUUAGUCGCAUCGUCCGCUGUGGAGAACAGUAGUAGAAGCAGUAGUAGUGAUAGUAGCAGUGAAAUCAGAACAUCGCACCACAUUGCAGACGAUCAUCGGUUAGCGAGGCAAACCGUAAGUCACCUGUACGACUACCAGCGGGAACUGUUGUUCGGUGGCCGACGAAGUAAACGAAGUCCCUUCAGCACACUCUACGAAUCGAACAACGCACUCAAUGGGAACGAAUACGGCAACGGUGGUGCGAACAGUGGUGGAGCGUCCCGGGAGUCGGCGUACUCAUCGCCGGGCAUUCUGCGAGACAACCGCAAACCGAGCUUCGUCGAGUGUGAUGGCUACAAACCGAUGCUGAAGGAAGAGCAGCCAGUUGGCACGCCGGUACUCCGCGUGACCGCAACCGAUCCCGACCGGCGACAGACGAUCGAGUACAGCUUCGUGACGACACCGGGCGAGCGGGCACGUUUUCGAAUCGAUAAGAACACCGGCGAGAUCACGACGGCCCACAUCUUCGAUCGGGAUGAACCGAUCCGCGAGAAGGAGAUCUACAUAACGGUGCGUGUGACGGACAACGGCCGACCCCGGCUGGAUGACGUGUGUACGUUCAAGGUGACGAUCCUCGACAUCAACGACAAUCCGCCCGUUUUCGACAAAGUGCGCUACGAGAAGUCAAUGUCAAAGGACUCGAAGGCGAACCUGCGCGUAGCGACGAUCUUAGCGACGGACAUAGACGAUGGAGACAACAGCAUCAUCAAGUACGAGAUCGUGCAGCAAAAUCCGGACAGCAGCUACUUCAAGAUCAACGAGAACAACGGCGUGCUGACGCUGACGAAGCCGAUCGAUCGAAGUCCCGGACAGUUCUACUCGAUCCGGGUCCGUGCAUUCAACGUGGACCCGCAGGGUGAGGCGAUGCAGGACGCGGAGGUGGACGUGAAGGUGCGCGUUGUGGAAUCGAACAAACUACCGCCGUACUUUACCAAAGUCCAGAUGACACCGAUCGUGCUGAACGAGACGUUUAAGAACUACACCGAGUCGCUGGCAGAGUUCGAGGCGGUAUCGAACAUCCCCGAGAAACCGGAGGUAAUCUUCGAGCUGAUCCAGGGCCGAGCGGAGCAGACUAACCUGAAGAAUACGUUCCUGCUAGAGCAGAAGAAUAAUACGGCCUCGAUCAAGUUGGGCAAAACGCUCGACUACGAAACGGUGACGGAGUACACGCUGACGGUGAGCGUACGCAAUUCGCACGAACUCGUCGCGGAGACGGUGCUCAAGAUCAAGGUGCUGGAUGAGAACGACAUCAUCCCGGUGUUCACGGAGGUUACGUCGGGAACGAUUCCGGAGGACGAACCGGCCGGCACACCGGUGAUGCAGGUGCAUCGGUCAGCGAGGCACACCGUAGGUCACCUGUACGACUACCAGCGGGAACUAUUGUUAGGUGGCCGACGAAGUAAACGAAGUCCCUUCAGCACACUCUACGAAUCGGACAACGCACUCAACGGGAACGAAUACGGCAACGGAGGAGCGAACAGUGGUGGAGCGUCCCGGGAGUCGGCGUACUCAUCGCCGGGCAUUCUGCGAGACAACCGCAAACCGAGCUUCGUCGAGUGUGAUGGCUACAAACCGAUGCUGAAGGAAGAGCAACCAGUCGGUACGCCGGUACUCCGCGUGACCGCAACCGAUCCCGACCGGCGGCAGACGAUCGAGUACAGCUUCGUGACGACACCAGGCGAGCGGGCACGUUUUCGAAUCGAUAAGAACACCGGCGAGAUCACGACGGCCCACAUCUUCGAUCGGGACGAACCGAUCCGCGAGAAGGAGAUCUACAUAACGGUGCGUGCGACGGACAACGGCCGACCCCGGCUGGAUGACGUGUGUACGUUCAAGGUGACGAUCCUCGACAUCAACGACAAUCCGCCCGUUUUCGACAAGGUGCGCUAUGAGGAGUCAGUGACGAAGGACUCGAAGGCGAACCUGCGCGUAGCGACGAUCUCGGCGACGGAUAUGGACGAUGGAGACAACAGCAUCAUCAAGUACGAGAUCGUACAGCAAAAUCCGGACAGCAGCUACUUCAAGAUCAACGAGAACAACGGCGUGCUGACGCUGACGAAGCCGAUCGAUCGAAGUCCCGGACAGUUCUACUCGAUCCGGGUCCGUGCAUUCAACGUGGACCCGCAGGGUGAGGCAGUGCAGGACGCGGAGGUGGACGUGAAGGUGCGCGUUGUGGAAUCGAACAAACUACCGCCGUACUUCACCAAAAUCCAGAUGACACCGAUCGUGCUGAACGAGACGUUUAAGAACUACACCGAGUCGCUGGCAGAGUUCGAGGCGGUAUCGAACAUCCCUGAGAAACCGGAGGUAAUCUUCGAGUUGAUCCAGGGCCGAGCGGAACAGACUAACCUGAAGAAUACGUUCCUGCUAGAGCAGAACAACAAUACGGCCUCGAUCAAGUUGGGCAAAACGCUCGACUACGAAACGGUGACGGAGUACACGCUGACGGUGAGCGUACGCAAUUCGCACGAGCUCGUUGCGGAGACGGUGCUCAAGAUCAAGGUCCUGGACGAGAACGACAUCAUCCCGGUGUUCACGGAGGUUACGUCAGGAACGAUUCCGGAGGACGAACCGGCCGGCACACCGGUGAUGCAGGUGCGCGCGUACGAUCUGGACGGGACCCCGGCGAACAACAUUGUCUCGUACCGAUUCGACGACGAGAGUCAGCCGUUUUUCAAAAUCGACAGCCGAACGGGCAACAUAACCUCGAUGGUGGAGUUCGAUCGUGAGGCGCAGGAUUCGUACCACCUGAAAGUGAUCGCGGAGGACAACUCACCGUCGGCGCUGUACCGCAAUGGAAAACCGAACAGCAUCUCGCAGCUGUUCAUUAUCAAGAUCUCGGACAAGAACGACCACGAGCCAAAGUUCGUGAAGGAACACUUUGUGGCGGAGAACGUACCGGAGGACGCCAACAUCAACACGGUGGUAAUCGAGGUGACGGCGAUCGACCAGGACACGGCGUCCCUCAUCACGUACAGCAUCAUCUCGGGCAACGUGGGUGAUGCGUUCAAGAUUGACGAGAACACGGGCCGCAUUUCGGUCAACAGUCGGCUGGACUACGAGACGAUCCGCGAGUACAUGCUGAUCGUGCAGGCGGACGAUGGCAUCUUCCAGGACAAUGCGACGGUGUCGAUCCGGAUCGAGAACGUGAACGACAAUCCGCCGCGCUUCAUCGACCUGCGCAACGUAACGAUUCAGGAGGAAACGAUCCCGCCCGGCUGCAUCAUGAACAUCAAGGCGUACGAUCCGGACAUCGAGAGCCAGGACGAGCCGCAGCACAUCAAGUUUUCGUUCGUCAAGGAGCAGGAGGACCUGCUCGAGAUCGACGACAACGGAUGCCUGCGGUUGCGCAAGGCGCUCGAUCGCGAUCCACCGCAGGGCUUCAAGAGCUGGCAGUUCAUCAUCACCGCGACGGACGAGGAUGGUGCGGGCAAGAAGACGCCGGCCACGGUGAACAUCAUCCUGGAGGAUAUCAACGAUAAUGCGCCCCGGCUUUCGAAUCCGAUGCCGGUCGUGUGGGGUGAAAACCAGCCGCCCGGGUUGAUCGUGAAGCUGACGGCGGAGGACGUGGAUGAGGCACAGAAUGGGCCUCCAUUUUUCUACAGCAUCGAUUCGAACGCACCGCACGAGAUUCUCGAGCGGUUCGAGGUACAGGGCGAUGAAUUGUACGCACGUGUCGAGUUUGAUCGCGAGGAGCAGAAGCAGUACCAGGUGCCGAUUCGUAUCCGGGACUCGGGCGAAGAGCAGAUGACCGACGUCAGCAUUCUGCUGCUGGUGAUUGGCGAUGAGAACGACAACGAAAUGCGGCCGGGCUCGAGCCGCAUCUUCGUGUACAACUAUAAGGGCGAAUCGCCGAACACGGAAAUCGGUCGGGUGUAUGUGGAGGACGAGGAUGACUGGGACCUGCCGGACAAGACGUUCCUGUGGGAGGAAACGGUUGGACCACACGAUUAUUUCGAUCUCAACCGGGACACGGGUAUGAUCACGAUGCUGCAGGGGACGCGCGGUGGCGAGUACGAGCUGCAGUUCCGCGUGAUCGAACAGUCGCGAUACUUUGCACGUCACAACGUGUCCUCCACGGUGACGGUGACGGUGAAGGAAAUCCCGGAGGAAGCGGUCGAUCGGAGCGGUUCCGUGCGCUUCUACAACGUGACGGCGGAGGAGUUUGUAACCCGCACACCGGGGGUGAGCAGCUCUCCAAAGGAUCGACUACAGGCGAACAUUGCCAACAUGUUCAACAUCAGUCGGGAAAAUGUGGACGUGUUUACGGUGCUCAAGCGUGACACCGCCAAUGGAACGUUCCUGGAUGUCCGGUUUUCGGCGCACAGCAGUCCGUACUACGAACCGGAAAGGCUGAACGGACAACUGGGUUACCGAUUGCGUCAACUCGAGGAAGACGUUGGCCAUUCGAUUCUGAUGGUGGGCAUCGACGAGUGCAUCGAGGAGGGACGCAACUGCGAGCUGUCCUGCAAGAACACACUCUACAAGUCGAACGUACCGAUUGCGGUCUACACCAACACCAGCUCGUUCGUGGGUGUGAACGCGUUCGUGCAGGCGGAGUGCGUUUGCCAAGUACCGCCUCCGAUGACGUGCUUAAAUGGGGGCUAUUUGGUGAACGACCGGUGCUCCUGUGUGGAUGGUUUCGAGGGGCCACACUGUGAGAUGCUGGGCAUCGGGUUUCACGGUAGCGGGUACGCACUUUACCCACCGAUCAGUCCGUGCAAUAUGACGCGCAUCAGCCUGGAACUGUCGCCGACUCAGGAGGACGGCCUGGUGAUGUACAUCGGCCCGAUGAACUACAAUCCACGCCUUUCGGUGCAAGAUUUCCUCGCGCUGGAGCUGGUCAAGGGCUUACCGGUGCUACUGCUCGACUACGGCAGCGGAACGAUCCGCAUCGAACACCGGCAUCGGUUCCCGCAGAAUAAACCGUUCACUGUCGAAAUCGUGCUGCAGCCCCAAACGGUUGAAAUGAUCGUGGACAACUGCAAACUGUCGACGUGCAUGAGCCUGGACGCGCCGAAGGGUCCGAACCGGUUCCUGAACGUGAACGCCCCGCUACAGCUCGGUGGAGCGGCCGUCAACCUGGAGUAUCUCGGGUCGCUGUUCAACUGGACGUACGUCCCCCAGGACAAAGGCUACAGCGGGUGCCUGCGCAAUCUCACCAUCAACGAGCAUACGUACAACCUGGGCAUGCCGAGCCUGGCGAAGAACCACGACCCGGGUUGUCAGCGGUCGGUUGCGGUGGCCGUUUCGUUCGGCAUCGAUUCGUACUUCCUGAUCGCGAUCAUCGCCUGCAUCGUGGUGCUGCUGGUCCUGCUGCUGGCGGUCGUCGUGCACAAGAAGCACCAGGACGGCUGGCACGAGAAGGACAUGGACGACAUCCGCGAGACGAUCAUCAACUACGAGGAGGAGGGUGGUGGCGAGCGGGACGCCGAGUACGACCUGACCGUGCUGCAGGCACCCCCGAUCUACGUCGACAAACCGUACGGCAGCGAGCUGCGCCAGAAGGAAGCAAACACCGAGGUGCCCGACAUCGGUGCGUUCCUCACCGACAAGAAGGACGCGUGCGACAAGGAUGCUGACGCGUACCCGAUCGACGAUGUGCGACACUACGCGUACGAGGGCGACGGCAACAGUACGGGCUCGCUUUCCAGUCUGGCCUCGUGCACGGACGAGGGUGACCUGAAGUUCAACUACCUGUCGAACUUUGGCCCACGGUUCCGCAAGCUGGCCGACAUGUACGGCGAGGAACCGUCCGACACGGACUCGAACGUCGACGACGAGGAGGGCUGGAGGAUAUGAAGAACGCUGAACAUAAACGGCACUUUCGAGUCAAUCUAAGUGUGUGUGAUAAACAAAAAAAAAGGGAAGAGAAACAGCAAGGAACGCCAAGCAAAGGUCACAGCGAAGAUUAUGGAUGUUGUUCCCGUUGUCGUCCUCUAAACAAACCUAGCGAUAAGACAAGAGAGGAAUGACCACUUUGUGAUCUAUCGUUCAGUAACACUGGACAAAUGCUCGAAGUCACCACACAUACACGACACAUACAGAACACAUAUACACACGGGCCUCCAUGGAAAAUAGACGAAAUAGUUUGUUAAGAUCAUUUCACUUUAAACAUCUUCUCGAAAAGCUAGCAACGGAGAAUCGUUCGAUUUAAAAUUUGCAGAAGUCAUUCGAAAAGGUAAUUAAUUAUCUUUUGCUCCACUGCCAUUUGAGGAGGAUCACUCUUCAAAUUGUGAGUUUUUUUUCUCUUGAUAUAUUUUGUUUAGCUCAAGAUGGCACAAGAGGACAUGGAAACGAAAGUCAGGUUGCGCCGGGGGAAUGGUGGUUGGUAGUUUCGAAGGAAUUUAUUUAUUAAAAGUGAAUGAUAAAGUUAUCCAAAAUCUAUUUGACAAAAUCCGGUGCAAGCGCAACGCGAGUUAAAACAAAAAUAUCUAAUAGUUCGACAGUCCUGCCUUUUGCGUUUUCCUGGCGGAUUUACAGGUUUUGCUGCCUCGGGUGUCGAUCCAUUGUUCAGCGCUUGUUAGAUUGGUAUUGGGGAGAUUACCGUGAGUCAGCUAGGUUAAAUUUGACUUAUUCAUUUCUUGUACAAAAAGAACGCCCGAUUACAGUUUUUUUUAAUGUAAUCAAAAAACUUCAGCCCAUCUACCUAACGAAAAAGUUAUCGAUUCAACGACAUUUAUAACAACUGAUGUAUGUUUGGACGUGUCUCUGCUCUUAUCCAGCCAACCCACCAUUAUUUGUGACACUUUAUUCCUUCCAUCUACCUUCCUACCCUCGACCUCCUUUCGUGUCUGUUGUGGCUGGUCGUGCAAUAAGAAACUGCGCUAGCCCUUCCUAAAAAGACUGAACGAAGACACACGAACACACGUCGUGUUGAACGUGGGCAGUCGUUUGUACUGCGCUGUGGCCGCGAUGACUCAUAACUUUGUCCAUGCAUGCUUCAUUCCGGGUCGGUCGGUGUUACAUUUCCAGCCGGCCAGCAACAGCAGCAGCAUACAUGUCCUAGGAGUUGGGAAGCGCGUCCGUGCCAGGGACGACAUGAUCGAUAUGAUUGCCCUUUUUCGUGGGCGUUCGGACAAAUAAUAAUUCCAAACGAGCCACAAAGAGAGAGAGAGACAGAGGGUGCAAGAAAGAUGUUGAAUGUGAGACGGUGAGAGAAUAAAAUGUGUUUGGUCUCUUACUAUGUAACGUAAUAAUCACGCGAUCUAUUCUAAGAAACGCGAAAUUUUCAUUUUUUUUAUUUCUUUAUCGUUAUUUACAUUAAGGACCUACGACAAACGGAUGGGAAAGUAAUUAAAGAUGUGAAAUAGGUGGUGAACUAAAUUAACGGGAAGGGAUGGAUUUUAAACAAGGAACAUAGUAUCCGUACUGGAAAGAACUGGCGAAAAAGGAAGACUCUUUUGUAAACAAAAUCAAAACAUCAAAAAAUAAACAUUAGCAUUGACUUAUGUAAGGGCGUUGAAAAACGUGUUUUAAUCAUUUAAGGUAUAGCAGUAAACUAGGCAAAGCAUUUAAAAAGGGGAAAACGAACUAAUGAUAUAGUAUUAUAAAGAGACAAAUAGCAUAUGGCAAAGAAGAAAAAAAAGGUACUUUUUUUUAACACAGGUUGAAUGGAUGGCCAAACUAUCUCAAAAUGCACACUUCUCCCCGAAGAUAAGUGUUUUUAUGUUUUUUGGGAGAAGUUUUUAACGAAAUUCAACGGUCAAUGGAUACGAAGGUGAGUUGACAUAAAAAAAUCCUAAUGGACCUAAUAGGAAAGUAACAGGAAAGGACCUAAUAGGAAAAAUACAGAAACAAGAAAAAAAACCAGACACGAACGAGAGAUACACACGUGCCUAAUAAAAUAUGUAAAAUA